AUGGCUGGCCCAGCUCUGGCGUCGCUGUCGAGCAACUGGAAGGAACUGCAGAAGACGUUGAAAAGCGACCCGAAGGAGGAGGCACCCAGCAAUGCCGUGAAGCGCAAGAGACCAGCACCCGCUACAGCACAUCCCUUCAAGGAGACCAGGCUCUCCGACUCGUCCAACUCGGAGAAGCUGGGCAAGAGGCGCAAGAUGGGCGGAUAUCUUUCUCCUCCCUCCACCGCCACGAAAGCCUCGAAGCUGAUCGACGACCACGACAUCGACCCCUCAGCAGCAGCAGCAGCAGCAGCAGCAUACGGCCCACGAGCCAGCAGCGAUGGCAUACGCCGCGCCUCCGACGACAUCAACGGAGGCCUCCACAAAACACACAAGCUCGGCAAAUACGUCGCCCUCGACUGCGAAAUGGUCGGCACCGGCCCACCACCACACGCCGACAACCUCCUCGCCCGAGCCUCACUCGUCAACUUCCACAACGAGCAAAUCUACGACUCCUACGUCCAACCUCCCCCGGGCCUCCGCGUCGAAGACUACCGCACCCACGUCUCUGGCAUAAAACCCCACCACAUGAAAGCACCCUACGCGCGACCCUUCGCUGAAGUGCAGCGAGAAGUGAGCAAGCUGUUAGAUGGGAGGAUCCUGGUCGGACAUGCUCUGAAGAAUGAUUUGCAAUCGUUGAUGCUGACCCAUCCGAAGCGAGAUCUGCGAGAUACUGCGCGACACCCGCAGUAUAGGAUUGAGAGCAAAGGGAAGCCGCCUGCGUUGCGGAAUCUGACCGAGUCGGAGCUGGGCAUUGAGAUUCAGACGGGGGAGCAUAGUUCGAUUGAGGAUGCGAGGGCGGCGAUGAUGUUAUUUCAGAAGGACAAGGAUGGCUUUGAGGCGGAGAAUAGAAAGCAUUUUGGGCAGAAGAGGCCGCUAGGGAAGGCGGGUGGGAAGGCCAAGUCACCGAGUCCGGAGGAUGAUAGUGCAGUGGAAGAGGAGGACGAGGACGAGCAUGACCUCGACUUGCUGGAUGGCGAGGAUGGCGAUGGGCUGGAAGCGUCUGUGACUGGUGAUGCACUAGGUGGAGGUGCUGCUAGGAAGAAGAAGUCAAAGAAGAAGAAGAAGCGGACGAAGAGGAAGUAG